AUAAUACAUAUAUAAAUGUAUUUUGUGUCUAUAUACAUAAAAAUUCUAGGUUAGGAUUAGUCGAAGCACUGUCAAAGAAGUAUUGACGAAAAAAAAUUAGAGGAAGAUGUUAAUUUCUAAAUCAUAGCUUCAACCAAACAUUAUAAAUAAAUUUACAACAUAUUUAAUUAAAAAUAAAGAACAUUUACUGUGUAAAUCUAAUAUUUCAUAAAAAUGGAUAUCAGAGAAAGUACAGGAUUUUACGAUUUAUGUGUGAAUGUACCAGGAAAUCAAACACAAAAUCUAUAUCCUAUUUUAUCAAAAUUAUGUGAAUAUGGAUUCAAAACAGUAGCAAUAAAUACUAAUGUGGAUGAAAGUGUACUUGGAACAGAGAAAAAGAGGAAAAAAAAGGGUGGUGAUAGUGAAACAUCACAGGGUAUCGUUCUUGAAACAAUCGACAUUGGAAGUAUAAGAAAAGAAUUUGACGGAAGAUUAAGAAUUUUUAAUCGAAUUACUUUCUUUUGUUCUGAUUUUGCAAAAACGCAUAUAGUGAAUCAUUGUUCCAGUUUAAAAAAAUUCGAUCUAUAUGCUUUUGCUCCAAAAACACAAAGUGCUUUACAAUUUGCAUGUACUCAAUUAAAUGCAGAUAUAAUUACAUUAAGGUCGAAUGCUACAUCGUUUAAACUUAAUAAAAAGCUGUAUGAUCAAGCAAUUGAAAGAGGAAUACAUUUUGAAAUACAGUAUGUAGAUCUAUUAAAUGUUGAAUUCAGAAAAAGUACUAUCCAUUAUUCUCAUCUCUUUCAUACAUACGGAAAGAGUAAGAAUGUAAUAUUGUCCAGUGGUGUCAGUGAUAUCAAGACAAUAAGAAAUCCUUAUGAUCUUAUAAAUUUGGCAUGUUUAUUGGGUUUGAAUGAAGUUCAAGCAAAAGCAUCGAUAUUACAUCAGUGUAAAAGACUUCUGUUAAGAGCAGAAAGAAGACGUAGAGGAAAAGCUGCUUUUAUUAUUGAAGAUUGUACAGAAAGAACAAGUAUCGCUGACGGAGACUCAAAAUUUCUAAAAAAAUUGAAAGUAUAAGUUGAAUUAUAAUAGAUGUCUUUUAUUAUUUUUUUAAAUGGUCAAUCGAAAAUAUGAUAAAAGGGUAAAUAUUACUUUUUACUUUAAAUUUACUUACAUUGAAAUAAUAGAAUUCUUAUAAUAUAUAGGAUAUAGAUAUAAUAGAAAUUAACAAUGAUGAAAAUUUGAUUUUUAUAAACAUGUUAAAUAAAAUAUUUUUGAAUA